AUGAGGAAUUCGACAAAUGUUACAAUUUCGGGUAUCAGUAUUAUUCGAGAUCUCAAACAGGGUAAUACAACAUUUAACAAUAAGUCCUAUAAUAUUCAUGUUCAAACCAAAUAUGGGUGUUCCACUGAACAUAUGAAUGAAUUAGUCUUAAAUCGAGAAAGAUUUCGAUCGGAAAUAUUAAUAUUCUCAUUAGGAACAAUCAAUAUGAAAUUUGAUAAACCUACUGAUGCCUUUAAUAAAAUUAUCGUUUUAACUGAUUCAUUGAAAUUAUUGUAUCCGAACUCGAAAUUAGUAUUUACGACGAUUCCAUCUUUAAAUGUUCAAAGGAUUAAACCCUCUAUACGGCAAGUUAACGCUGAUGUUGAUGAAUUUAAUUCACGUUUAUUGUCAUUGCAAGAUAAUAUCAUUGAUGUCAUUAAAGUUGGAUAUUCAAACAAUAUGUUACUAAAAGACGGCAUUCACUUAAAUCACAAAGGCACGACGCAAUUAUCUUUAGAUAUAGAUGAGAAGAUAUAG